GAAACUGUCUCUCUCUUACAACUAUGAGGAGAAAUACAAAAAAAUAUAUAACCAAAAAUAUAUUUCUACAGAUUUAUCACACUGGACUGUUACCUUUUUCAUUUUAUAAUAACAAUUAUAUAACUGAGUAAACAUGUAGACUAUAGAAAAUACUCAUCAGCAUGUUUAAAAUAGUAUCACACUCUAUAGAACAACAUACUGUAACAUACCUGCAUUUAUGACAAAGGACAACAGUUCAUCAGUUCAUGACUUGUGGACAACGUUAAUGUUAACUGCUAUACCGGAGACAUUUUUACUGGCAAUAAAACACAUAAAAAACGUAGAGUUAACUUAAUGAAAACAUGACAAAUAUAAUCUAAGACAAAUAAUAUACAACUAAAUAAAGCCAGCUCAACUCUUUUGUACUUUUAAAGUUAGUUAACAUUAUAUUGUCCACGGACAUUCACGGACCCGUUACCUAGUAGUGAAUCCUCCGUUGCUAUGACGAUUACCCAUAGUCCUUUGCGUCUUCUAUUCAGUGCAGGUACAAAUUUCUAACAGCAGGUGGCGUAGUUUUCCCAUUUAGCGGGAUUUAACCUGAACCUUUUCAACUAUGUUACACCAGCUGUAUUUUUUAAUUAUUGAGUUGUGUUAACAUAAUUACCUUGCUAUUACUGACAGUAGAGUCCUGAAUAUAAUACAUUAUUUCAGACUUUAAAUUUUGUUGUACUUUUACUGUUAGGCUGUGGUUAUAACAUUUAUUCACAGAACCAUAAAUUAACACAAAAAAAACAGUCAAUGGCUAACGGUGUGAAACAAUUACUUUAAGAAAACUAAAAGAUUUCAAGUUAGAAGCAAUGUAAUCAUGUCAAUGUUAUUUCACAUUAAAUAUUUCCGUUAUUUAUUUUGAAUGUUCUGUUUUGUUCAUGCCAAAGAGUAUGUGCUUUUAUUUACAAGACAUAACCAAAUAAGCUGUUCAGUUCUUUUGUCAGCAGUAACAUGGAUUUUCUCUCACUGAUGUUGAUUCUCUUGUUGAAUUGAGCUGACAUGACUUUAGGAUUUAGACAACUAAUUUUCUCAUUGUCUGGAUUACAGUAGUAGAUAGCAGCAGAUGGCAAGGCGGGGCAAUCCCUGGUUGCCAUUGUGCUGACACCUCAAUCCUUCCACUUCAUCUGAUUUGGGGGUGCCCACAAUUGCUGAAGUGAAACUACAAAGCUUAACCAUGCAUUCGUGUCCAUUCUCCACAGCUACUUGAAAUCAGAUAGACAUGCUGAGUGCAGAGUAACAGAAGCUUACGAUGGUAUAACAGAGCAUGCAGGAGAUUAUCCUGCCAGAUCAUACUGCCUUCAUUCAUUAGAAAUUGGUAAUUUAGUAAUUUAUAAAGUUUACUUUCAGAAUGCUUGUUCUUUUAUGCCAAAAUUGUCUAUUGUUUUAUCAUAGUCAUAAAAGUAAAUUAAUUUAGCUCAUAAUUAGGUAACAAAAGAAGAAAAAAAAUACAAAAACCCCUCUCAAUUACGACAUACAUAUGCUUUUGGAACUUGAGGCACCUGCUCCAUGUGCAUGAAGAGGGAGCCAACAACUUUAAAAGUUAAUCUCACUCUAUCUGUCAUUAAUGGAGAUUGUAUAAAAAAAAGCUGCUUAGACUGAUACAAAGAUUUGUGUACAGCGUUCAAGGGCAUCCUCUGAAGGACAAAAUAAAUCAUGUCUUACACAUGUGUGCCUGCUGCGGUGCAUGUGCCUUUUUAAUGUUUGAUGCACUGCAGCUGACGACAGGGAAUAGUACUUGAAACUUGUAAUAUGUAGAAAGAUGACGCCACUGUUAACUAAUCAACAGCUGAUCUGCCAAGCAACUGAGCUAGAGUUUUACUGGUGACGUGUGUUCAUAUUCACAAUCACAGAGUAGGUUUAGAUGGUGUUUUGAAUGCAAAUGUAUACUGCCACCAAAGUUUAAUGUAAAUGCAAAUGCAACGUGGACCGCAGUCUAGACUGUCUAGUGUGCAUAAACUUCCCAAACUUUGUUUAUUAUGUCAAAGUUGCGAAAUUAAAUCGUAUCACAAGUAGUUAUUAAAAGGUGCAUUUGAGACAUUCGGAUGCCACCUUUGAACUACUGUAACUCUAUUCAACUGUUUUAACUAGUUUCACAUCCAGUGGAUACAAGGUACUGUAGGUCACCUGCCGGGCCUGUUGGCCACAAGUGUGUAUAUCUGUAUAAACUCUGGCAGGUUAAUUUGCUUUGAGCAUGUAUGCUACAGUCAAAUUGCUGUUUGUUGUACACAGGGAAAAGCGAGGGAAGUUUGUGUGCCUCUUUAAAACACAAACACUGCUUUACAUAACAAUAAAUGUAAAGUGCUUUACAUAAAGCGACGACAUGCAUUACAACAACACUCUGAACUAAAGGUACAAACACAAUAAAUGACUGUUGCACCUGCAGUCUAUUAUAACUUGCCGCAAUAGCGAUGCUGGUAUUGUUUUACACUUGUGUCUGUCUGUGUCGUCAUGGCAAAAUGUCCUGGAGACACCUACUGUGGGGGGGGAACUACCCCAGAAGUGGUUUUGAGUACUUUGUCAGGUGUUUAUUUGUCUGUGGACAGAUUCUGUCAUCACGACAGCGUCACAACCGUGAAAGAUGCAGUCACAAAACUUUACAGGUGUGUAGGUAAGAUCAUAACAAAUGCAAAAUUCAAAGAUGGUUGUGGGCCGAGUAAAGACACUGAAAGUAGGUGUUAGGAAGUGGAGAAGUGGCCAUCGGUCCCCCCAACUUUACAUCCCUGGCCAGAUUUGCCGUUGCAGCUGGUGUGAUCCCAUCUGGUCUCUAGUUUCACUUGUGAUGACGUACUGUAUUACUGAGGUGCAUAAUACAAAGCCAAUUCAAUGCAUACUAUUAACAUACAUUCCUACACAUAACAUAUCUGUACCUACACCACUGAUUCAAACAAGUGCAAAUGUCUCUGUGUGCAUAGCCCUUGUACUGCCUCUAUUGUAAUCCCUUUAUACGCCAAUUUAGGCCAACAGAAGGAGCUCUGUUUUCCAUACUACAUUGUUUUCCUAAAAUCAAGAGUGACUUAAAGGGAUUACAGAAAUCAUUCUGUGGACACAGCAGGCAGUCAUAUUGUAUCUUUACUGUCUUUGCUACAUUUGAUCUGAUUAACAAGCUGAACUAGAUGCCAUUAGCUAUAUGCUAUAAUGACUUCAGCCAUAGCUUGAGAGACCUGUACAAAAAAUAACGAGCACAGGUGUUGAUGUUUCUGAUAUUUCUUUGUGGUCAUCCACUGUGUAAUAUCCUAAAGUGAAACGAAAUGAGAAUAUUAGGAUUUGUGCUAUGCAAUAACAGUUAAUUGCACAUGGGUUACUAAUUAGGCAGACGGAGGCUCCUGACCAUAUGGCAGAAGAAUGGAAUUAAGGGUCAACUUGUUGCUGCUCUUUCAAUCUCUGCACUAAUUGUUUUUCUUCUCAUCACCCCCUUUCGUGAUCCCCCUCCAAGAGGGAGACCACAUUUCAUGGAGGGUUAAGCUACUUUGCUGAUUUGGGGUGGCUGUAUUCUCCUGAAGCCAUUAGUGUCAUUGCCAGGCCAAUAUGACGCAGAAGGAAUGUCUUAAGUGAGGUGUAAGACUACACUGUUAACCGGAUGGUGAGGAACAUACAUACAUGUGUACUAUGAGUGGAACACAUAGUCCAUAUUGCUAUGUUUUGUGUCUUGUUGAUUAGUUAAUUGGUUUACUUGUCGUAAAUAACUUCUAAAACCUCAAGUCAAUACUGUGGGCAGUAGUAGAAUACUCUUUAUGAUUUUGGCCAGCAGACUUACAAUAGGCUAGACAACCAUAGAAGCAUCUUUGCUUGUAGACUUACUUUAUCUUUUCUUAUAAUAACUGUAUGUUUACAAUGAAUUAGCUGAUUUGAGAAAGGCACUAUAAGUAAACAAUUAACAGGGUAGAAUUUAAACAAAUUGCUCUCUGGAGACUCUGAACUUUACCAUGCAGUCAGCAGCCACAUUUAUGAAACCAUUUAAAAGUAGUGUGAGUGAGAAGUAAAAUGUUUUCUUUUUCUUUUUCAGUGGUCUCGUUUGUAGAUUUGAGUUGUGCCUGUAAGUGGAGUGACUGAUUGAUUUACCCUUAUUGACAGUAAAGAUUAAGAAGAUGACAAAUCAGCAUUUGCUUACACAGCGCCAUGGUGCUAAUCUCCUUGUCUUCCUUCAGAAAGCCCCCAGACAGCUCGCACUCAUUCUGGCCGGGAGAAAGAAAGAAGAAGUAAAGAAGUGACUCUGUUGACCCCCCCCAGUACAUCAGAAACGACCAGAGAACGGACAACAGCACUGGAUCGAUAUCAUCGAGCAUUCCGGGAGUAACUCUCUGAUGACCUCUGAAGAAAUUAGGCUUUAAUUACAAGCUUUCAUGCAAAUAACUGCAAUUUUGUGUUUUAGGGGACUGCCAUGUGUCAACACUUCACAUGAAGGAUGUUUUGAUCCAGCCAGUCAACUACACAAAAAAAUACUUUAUAAUCUUUUGUUUUCUUCUUUCUAUUUUCCGAGUAAUCUUCUAUUUGUCUAAACACUGUUUAUUAGGCAAAGUUUAGACAUUAGAAGAUAUCUCAAAAUGGAGGACCACAUGACCAAAAUGAACAUGUUUUCUUCUGACAUGUCAAAUGACUUCACUGAUGGAUCUCAAGCAGAAAUAAGUUCAGUCCCUGGUAGAGCACAUGGCCAAGGUCUGCUAUGUAAAGUGUGUUCUGAUUCAAGCAGUGGUAAACACUAUGGGAUCUAUGCCUGCAACGGCUGCAGUGGCUUCUUCAAGCGCAGUGUGAGACGAAGACUCAUCUACAGGUGUCAAGCUGGAUCAAGCAGGUGCCCCGUUGACAAGGCCCAUCGGAACCAAUGCCAAGCUUGUCGACUAAAGAAGUGUCUCCAAGCUGGCAUGAACAAAGAUGCUGUGCAGAAUGAGCGACAGCCUCGAAGCACAGCACAUGUCAGUCUAGACUCCAUAGAUGUGGACACUAAAAAGGAGCACCUGGCCACCACAAGGGAGCUCACCUCCUCCGCCCCCGACUCAUCAGUCAUCUGCAAACCUCUGGUCACCACCUCUGCCGCCGUACAGCCCCACAGCAACCUCAAUAACUACCACCGCUUUAUGGUCAGCCUGCUUACUGCAGAAACCUGUGCAAAACUGGAGCCCGAGGAUGUGGAGGAGAAUAUUGAUGUGACAACCAAUGAUUCAGAGAGAGAUCGGACUCCCUCUGACUGCCGUCUGUCCCCAUACAUGUCCAGCUGUCCAGAGAGUAUAUAUGAGACAUCGGCACGACUCCUCUUCGUGUCUGUGAAGUGGGCAAAAAAUCUGCCUGUUUUUGCUCACUUGCCAUUUCGAGACCAGGUGAUUCUCCUUGAGGAAGCUUGGAGUGAGAUGUUCCUCUUGUGUGCGAUCCAGUGGUCCCUGCCCAUGGACAGCUGUCCUCUUCUGUCUCUGCCAGAUCUCUCUCCCACACAGAAGGCCAAGAUCAGCCUCCCCACAGCUGACCUGCACAUCCUGGAAGAGGUCUUUAAUCGCUUUAAGGCCCUGGCAGUUAACCCUACUGAGUUUGCCUGCAUGAAAGCCAUUGUACUGUUCAAGCCAGAGACACGCAGCCUCAAAGACCCAGAGCAGGUGGAGAAUCUGCAGGACCAGUCACAGGUGUUGUUAGGUCAGCACAUCCAUUCACUAUACCCCAGCCAAAGUGCCAGGUUUGGGAGACUUUUACUUCUGCUGCCGUCCCUCCACUAUGUGAGCUCUGAGAAAAUAGCGCAGCUGUUCUUUCGCACAACCAUUGGCAGCACACCCAUGGAGAAGCUGCUGUGUGACAUGUUCAAAAACUAAGACACUAAGUAAACAAGAACACAGGAAAGACAAAUGAAACAUGCUAGGAAAACGCCAUAAACCAACCCUCAAGCAACAUGUUUUCUGGUUGUUUGUUUCCCAUAUUGUGGUUAUGACUUCUUUCAAAUUCAUUACAGUGUCUGGCAUUCUUAUUAAAGCUAUACAAGAACC